GGAUGAAAGCCGACCGUGCUGAAAGCGCUUUCCGGGAUUCAGACCUCUCAGAUACUGGGGUACCGGUACCAUGCUGCUCCCGCAGUUGAUCGCGUUCGGUCUGGCGUUGGCGCCGUCACUGGCCUCGGCGGCCCUGUUCCCGAAGGACACGCUGGUGAAGAGCAUAGACGAGAAGGGGUUCCGGAAAGUCAUGAAGCAGAACCAAACCAGCGUAGUCGCGUUCGUGGCGCCUUGGUGCGGGUACUGCCAACGAAUGGCACCGGAGUACAGCAAGGCAGCCGUGGGCCUGCACCCGCUCGUGCCCCUGUACGCCGUGGACUGCGAUGCUGACAAGAACAAGGCGCUCUGCGCCGAGCAGGGCGUGAAAGGGUUCCCUACCGUGAAGUUAUACCCUCGAGGUAAUCAACUGCCUGCAGUCAGUUUCGACUCCAACGAGCGCACUGCCAACGCGUUCUUCUACUGGGCGUCGCAGAAGGUGCCGUACACAGUGCGGAGGCUGGCCCAAGUCGAGGACGUGGAGGACUGGGCGGCUCAGAAAACGUCGAAACCCCGCGCGGUUCUGCUGAGCAAGGAAAAGAAGAUCCCACUAUUGUGGCGCGUCCUGAGCAACAAGUACAGGGAUGAGAUGGCUUUCGGACAUCAUGUGGGCAAGAAGGGGAAAUCUGCUGCCGCUCUCGGUGUGAAAGGCGGAGGAGACGAGUCCAAGUCCAAAGUCAUUCUCUAUGCUCCUGGAUCGACGAAAGCGGCGCUGUACGAAGGCGUACUAAAGAUGGACCCGCUCUCGGAGUUCUUCGACGCUGUGAUUGACGGGACAGCAGAUCUGAAAGUACCGAAAGAGCCUGAAGAAGUCCCUGUUACCGAUACACCUGUACCCAAUGCAGAGCAGAUCGUUCUGAACACACCGCCCUCCCAGUCCGAAAAGGAGGCCGAUGCUGUUCCUACAGCGCCAUCCCCCGAGCCUGCCAAAGCGGUGGAGACGGAAGCACAUCAUGCUGAUGACGAUGCGGUACCGCCACCUGAGCCUGUGGAGAAGGUCGUUGACGAGAGCGCGUCGCGGCAUGCCAAGGAAGAGUUAUGAUAUUCUUAUAUAUAGUCUCUACCCUGGGUGGCUCAGAAGGUAGUAAUACAGCUGUAAUUAUAGUGUCGUGACGAUGGUAAUGGAGGUUCGUGCUACAUGCUGGG